AUGUUCAAAAAGCAGCUCGAGGGCACGGAACGCGAGCUCUAUGAGAAGAGGAAGCGAUUAAAGACGGCUAUCGAUGCCGGCCGAAACAUUCCUUCUGAUUUGCUGAAGGAGCAGGAGGAGCUGCGUGAGAGGAUGCCUUAUGAUGAUCCCGCCAAGUUUGAACAGAGCAUCGAUGACGAGUACGCGCGUGCCGGCAUCAGAGAUCCGAAGCUUGUCAUCACCACUUCGCGCGAUCCCUCCUCUCGCCUCAACCAGUUCGUCAAGGAGCUGCGUCUGGUGUUCCCCAAUGCACAGAAACUGAACCGCGGUAACUACGUGCUCAAGCAGCUCGUCGAGACGUGCCGAGCCAACGAAGUGACCGACCUCGUGCUGGUGCACGAGCACCGAGGCGAACCCGACGGCCUCGUGGUCUGCCAUCUUCCCUACGGCCCCACGGCCUACUUUGGCAUCAUGAACGCUGUUCUCCGCCACGACCUCAAGGAAAGGAGCACCGUCUCGCAGCAGUUCCCGCACCUCAUCUUCCACAAGUUCGAUUCCAAGCUCGGCGAGAGGACGAUGAAGGUCCUGAAGCACCUGUUCCCCGUGCCCAAGGAGGACGCCCACCGAGUGAUCACCUUUGCCAACGAGAACGACUUCAUCUCGUUCCGGCACCACACAUACAAGAAGGAGGGACACAAGAACGUCGAGCUGACCGAGGUCGGCCCACGAUUCGAACUCAAGCUCUACCAAAUCAAGCUGGGCACCGUCGACAUGACGGAGGCGGACAACGAGUGGGUGCUGAAGCCCUUCAUGUCCAACGCCAAGAGGAAGCAGAACCUCUCCGUGGCCGUGUAG